CACGUCAACUUAUUUGACAGGUGCCGUGUUGAGCUGUGUGUAUUUUAUCCGCGUUUUGUAAUUUUAUAAACAUUUACGAUGAUUUCUGUGCUAAAUACUAUCGAUACGGGCCAUGAAGACAUGAUACACGAUGCCGAACUCGACUACUACGGGUUACGGCUCGCAACUUGUUCCUCAGAUAACUCUGUGAAGAUUUACGACAUCAAGAGUGGAACUCAAACCCUUGUGGCAGACCUGAAGGGCCACUUCGGUCCCGUGUGGCAGGUCGCGUGGGCUCACCCCAAGUACGGCAACCUGCUGGCUUCAUGCUCCUACGACAGGAAAGUUAUUAUUUGGAAAGAGGCGGGAGAAUGGACAAAGCUGUACGAAUACACAGGGCAUGAAAGCUCAGUAAACUCUGUGGCGUGGGCGCCGGCCGAGUACGGGCUGAUCCUCGCGUGCUGUAGCUCCGACGGGUCCAUCUCUAUCAUCUCCUACAACCAGGAUGGUGGCAACUGGGAGUCCAAGAAGAUCACCGGAGCACAUGCCAUAGGCUGUAACUCAAUCAGCUGGUGCCCGGCUAUAUCUGCUGACCUCAGCUUAGACCCUCUUAGCAAUAAAGAUGCUCCUAAAAGAUUAGUGUCUGGUGGAUGUGACAAUCUUAUCAAGAUCUGGCGAGAGCAAGGUGACCAAUGGAUGGAAGAGAACCGUCUGGAGAUGCACAUGGACUGGGUGCGCGACGUGGCGUGGGCGCCGUCCCUCGGCCUGCAGGAGUCCAUGAUCGCCAGCUGCUCGCAGGACAAGCGCGUCGUCAUCUGGACCAGUGACGACAACGUCUCCUGGACACCAACCAUUCUCAACACCUUUGACGACGUAGUAUGGAGCGUCAGCUGGUCGUUAACAGGAAAUAUCUUGGCAGUGUCUGGUGGAGACAACAAGGUCAGCCUCUGGAGGGAAGGCACGGAUGGCCAGUGGUCCUGCAUCAGUGAAGUAGCCAAAGGUCUAGGACAAACACCUAGUGAAGAAAGAAGUACUCUGUAACAGGCUGGUCUAAAUACUUGUUUCCAUUGAUUAUUGUGUUAAAUGAUGAUAGUAUGUAAUGCUUAUGUAAUAUAAUAGUGAUAAUUUAAUAAUAUGUACUAAUUUCGUUUCUUUUGAACUUCUUUCAAUAACUUUAGUGUUCUUUAUAAUUUAAUAAAGUAUGUAAGAGUUUAUA